AUUAGCAGUUAGUCUCGGGCUCGUUGGCCGUCUUUGCUGGGGCAGCUACCUAGCAGACGCAUGGCACACGUCGACCGGCCACGGAGCCGCGCCGUGCUCGCGGUCGCCGUCGCCGUCGCCGCCGCGGCGCUCCUCCUUUUUGCCGCAGCGGGCGUCCCGCGUGCGGCCGGCCAGACGACGACGACAGCGGUGGUGGAUCUGGACAGCUGGGCCGAUCGCGGCGCGGCGUGCACGGGCGCGGUGGAGGCGUGCGGCGGCAUCGGCGCGACGGCCAGGAGGGAGCUGGGUUCCGGCGGGUACAUCAGCUACGACGCCAUGAGCCGCGGGCGCGUGCCGUGCUCGUACCGCGGCGCGUCCUACUACAACUGCCGGCCGGGCGCGCCGGCCAACCCUUACUCCCGCGGCUGCUCCGCCAUCACCCGCUGCAGAGGCUAGGGCAGCGAGCGAUGACCAUCCCCCUCCCCCUCCCCCCGGCCACGCAUAUGAUCUGCUCUGGUGGUUUUGUGUUCUGUAGUUAGCUGGGCUUUUGAGAGGUUGGUUGUUGAUCAGCUGACAUAGAGCAAGCUGCAUCUUGCUCUAUGAUUUUGUAAUUGGCAUUGGAAAAAGGGAACAUGUGUGGAUCAAGAACUCCUGGUCCAUUAUUA